UUUAUCUUCCCCUCUGUGCAGUUUAACAUGAUGGUUCAGUUUGACUUCGGCAUUAAAGUUUUGGGACUAGCACGUUUUUCUCUCUGCUUUGUGAUAUCAGCUGGACUUUUAUCCACAACAACGAACGGAUAUGUGCAAGAAACAGAUAGUUCUGUUGAUGGGCUUCCCAACUAUGAAGUUGUUCAUCCAUUUAGAGUGGAUUCAGCUGGACAUUUCUUGUCAAAUCUCGUGUCCCACCGUGUGAGUCGAGUACAGAGGAGAGAGACAGCAAAAACCGCACAGAACGCUGCCCAAGUUUUCUACCAUCUGCAGUAUGGUGGGCACGACCUGCACUUUAACCUUACCCUAAACUCCCAUCUUCUGGCACCCGGCUUCAUCACAGAGCUGAGAUCUGGUGGCCUCCAAGGGUCUACGUUACAUGGGCAUGGCCAUUCUCUCUGCUAUUUUCUGGGAGAUGUGCGGAGCAGUUCUCUGAAGUCGGGACAUGCAGCUCUGAGCACUUGCAAUGGCCUGACAGGGCUGUUCAAGCUGUCAGAGGAGGAAUUCUUCAUUAGUCCACUGAAGCCGCCACAAGAAGAGUCAGCACCACAGGCUCAUGCCAUCUACAAGCGACAUGCCAUCCAAUCAGAAAAGCAGCUGCUGCAGCCUUUGUUUGGGGGGCAAACAUCUAAUGCAACCUGUGGAGUCAGAGAUCAUACGGGAGGUGCAGAGCAGGUGGAGAGGCAGAGAGAGCGUUGGGAGAUACGGCAACAACGCAGACGGAUUAGACAACGCUCCAUAAGCACUGAGAAGUGGGUAGAGACCUUAGUCGUGGCUGAUCCUAAAAUGGUGGAGUUCCAUGGUAGCAAAGGAGUCGUGAGCUAUGUGCUCUCUGUCAUGAAUAUUGUGGCAGGCUUGUUUCGGGAUGCCAGUAUUGGAAAUGCCAUCAACAUUGUAGUUGUGCGUCUCAUUCUCCUGGAAAAAGACGAGGAGGAUCUGAAGAUCACCCAUCACGCUGACAACAGCCUGAACAGCUUCUGUAAGUGGCAGAAGGGCAUUAACAUGAAGGGUGAUGAACAUCCAGUCCAUCAUGAUGUGGCUGUCCUGCUCACUAGGAAAGACAUCUGUGCAGCUAUUAAUAAGCCGUGCGAGACGUUAGGACUGUCUCACAUGGCUGGGAUGUGCCAACCACAUCGCAGCUGCAGCAUCAAUGAAGAUACAGGCCUUCCCGUGGCACUUACAGUAGCACAUGAGCUCGGCCACAACUUUGGGAUUCAGCAUGAUGGGAGCGGGAAUGACUGCGAGCCCAUUGGGAAAAGACCUUUUGUGAUGUCACCGCAGCUUCUGUACGGCACCUCUCGACCCAACUGGUCUCGCUGCAGCCGCGAGUACAUCACACGCUUCCUCGAUCGAGGCUGGGGCUGGUGUCUGGAUGACCCUCCUGUCAGGAAUGAGCUGGAGAUGCAUUCUGCUCCUCCCGGUGUGCUGUACAGUGCUGCUCAUCAAUGCAAACUCCAGUAUGGCUCCAGUUCAUUGCUCUGUGACGACAUGGAUAAUAUCUGCAGCACCCUGUGGUGCACAGUGGAUUCAACCUGCCACUCGAGGAUGGAUGGUGCUGUGGAUGGGACCAAGUGUGGUGAGGGCAAGUGGUGUUUUGAUGGGGAGUGUGUGGCAGUGGAUUCCCAACCUAGAAGUGUGAAUGGAGGCUGGGUAUCAUGGAGCGAUUGGUCCGACUGCACCAGGACUUGCGGUGUUGGAGUUCAAAAUGCCCAGAGGGACUGCAUCAACCCUGUACCAAAAUAUGGAGGUAAAUUCUGUCUCGGGGAGAGGCGUAGAUAUCGAACCUGUAACCGUGACCCCUGCCCUCUGAACCAGCCCAGCUUCAGAUUCAUCCAGUGCAGCAGCUUCAACACGGUCCCUUACAAGGGAAAGUUUUACAAAUGGAUACAUGUGUAUAACAGAGUUAAUCCGUGUGAACUGCACUGUAGACCCUUGAAUGAACAUUUCUCAGAGAGGAUGCUGGACACCGUCAUUGAUGGAACACCUUGUUAUGAAGGCAGUCACAGCCGUGACAUUUGCAUUAAUGGCAUCUGCAAGAACAUUGCCUGUGAUAAUGAGAUUGACUCAGAUGCUGUUGAGGAUCAAUGUGGUGUAUGUCAUGGGAAUGGUUCCACGUGUGAGACAGUGAGGAAGACCUUUGAGGACAGCGAGGGGCUUGGCUAUGUAGACAUAGGCCUAAUUCCAGAAGGAGCACGGUACAUCCGUAUUGAGGAAGUUGCAGAGGCUGGGAACUUCCUGGCAUUACGCAGUAAUGACCCUGAAACAUAUUUCCUGAAUGGGGGCUGGACGAUACAGUGGAAUGGGGAAUACAAGGCAGGAGGAACAGUAUUCACUUACGAGAGGAACGGCCAGCUGGAAAACCUGUCUUCCCCUGGACCAACCAUGGAGCCAGUGUGGAUUCAGCUGCUCUUUCAGGAGACGAAUCCAGGAGUGAGAUACGAGUACACUAUAAGCAGAGACACUUUUGUCGAUUCCAUCAAUGGUACCCCUGUCUCUUAUUUCCAGUGGAUUUUUGGGGCCUUGACAGAGUGCAGCGCUACAUGUGGUACUGGUGUACAAAGGCAAGUUGUGCAUUGUGUAGAGAGGACAUCUGGAAUUGUUGAGGAGCAUUACUGUGACCCAUCAACCAGGCCAGAUGACAAGCAAACUAGCUGCAAUAAGGAGUCAUGUCCUGCCAUAUGGUGGGCUGGAGAGUGGCAGAAGUGCUCAUCAUCUUGUGGAGACAUGGGGCUGAGUAAGAGAACAGUCCUCUGUAUUCAGAGUGUGGCCCUGGAUGAGCAGCGAGCACUGCAACCUACUGAAUGUCAACACAUGCCUAAGCCUGAAUCGAUUGCCCCGUGCAACACACAUUUGCCCUGCCCUGCAGAUUGGAUGACAGGAGCCUGGUCAGAGUGCUCUGUGAGCUGUGCAGCUGGUCUCCAGACUCGUGCCGUGACCUGCAGCUGGAAUACUGGCGUGGACUGUGACCCGAAAGCCAAGCCUAAUUCAACCAUGCCAUGCUAUGCUCCGGACUGCCCUACAAAUUCAAACGUCUUUGGCAAUGACAAGUCAGGAAGUGGAGCAUCUAGCAAAGAUGUUUUUAAUGACAUUCAAGCAAUACCUUAUGAUGUACCCAAAUUUGGCAUCGGUACAACUAGAAUUCAGCCUAGGGGCAAUGUUGACCUCAAUAAUAUUGUAGAAGGAGAUUUCUCCCAUUAUAGUCAUGUAGACAAGCCUUCUGAAAAUUCCAUUGAGAAAAAUCUUCAGGUUGAUGAUUUUUACUACGACUACAAUUUCAUAAAAUUUCACGAGGAUCUGUCAUAUGAGCUUGAUAAAGAUGAAAAUGAUGCAUUUGAUAACUCAGGAAUAAAACAAGGGACAGAUGUUCCCACAACUACCUCAUCGCCAUCAACCACCGUGGGUCAACUUAAUUCUACCACCAUGCGCUCGAACAGCAUCACCAACAAGGUUACCGAAAGUCAUGAACCCCAAAAAUCCAAUGAGAAUAGCGAUGAAGUAUUUGCAGACAACUAUUUCCUACCUGUCAUUACAACAACAGAACCAUCCUCUCCUGUUACAAGGUUAUUUAACAAAUGGAAAGACUUAAACGUUAAUCUUGACGUAACUCAGGACGUCAGUGCCACAAGAAACUCUACACCAAUUGGGGAGCACACAUUAUCAAAUGAAACCCUGCCAGACAUUUUUUGGACACCUAAACCACUUGAAAUCUCUAACGAAAAUUUUAAUAACUUGGCCGAUUACACCAAAGUGCCUGUAGCUGAAGAUGUAGCUGUGGACGAUGGAGAAGAUGAUAAGCAGUUUGGCGAAGAACAUGGAGGUGAGAGCGACUGGGAAAGCUUUCAACCACUACCAAGCACUGAAACCUCUGAAAGUCCAUUGGAUAAUGUGCUUCAUUUUGACACCAAUGAGAAUAGACAAGUUGAUAAUCCCACAACUCCAUUACAAUUGAUUACAGACUCUCCAAGGUUCUUACUUGGCGCAGUUUCACACCCAUUAGAGCCACUCCUCCAGAGCAGUACUUCCAGCGUUUUCACCGAAUCAACAAAGAACACCAAGUCUAGUGAACCAUGGCUCGCCGUUAGUGAGACUAUGACCUCGGAUAGCCUUUCUCAAGAGUCCAUUCCUUCUCCGAUUUCCUCUAAUGUGGCCAAACAUUACAGUAGCAUGACCUCAGCAGCUGGAACAACAGCGCUACAUCCUACAGAUAUGGAAAGUGAUUUAGAGCCCCCCGUCUUGACUCCAACUGAGAUUCCAGAUACAACAUUUGGAACAAAGACUCGCAGUUGGUAUUCAAAGGCACCAACCAAGACCACUGAGCCUGGAGCUCCAUAUGCUCGCAUAGAGACUUGGGAACCUCCAGUCCCCUUACCUCGCAGGACAGGGAUUAAAAAGAGUGUGAUAAUUUCCCGAAUGCAAAGACCUAGUCUUUCUACUCCAACUCCAUCUCAGAGUGCUCCCAAUGAACCUUUAGCACAUUCUUUUAGCCCUACAAUGCCUACUGGGUUGAUGCUCACUGCUCUUUCCCCACCAGCCUCGCCUGCACACUGGAGAAAGGGCAACUGGAGUGCUUGCUCCACAAGUUGUGGGCUUGGUGCCAUCUGGAGGUCAGUGUCCUGCAGCACUGGCAAUGAAUCAGACUGUGAUUUAGCUACCAGACCAGUGCCAGCGCGCCGCUGCUACCUACGACCCUGCUCCGUUUGGAAAAUUGGAGAGUGGAGUAAAUGCUCGAGCAACUGUGGUGGUGGUGUUAAAUUGCGUGAGAUUCAUUGCUAUGACACAAGAGAUCAGAGGUUACUGCGGCCAUUCCACUGCCAGGCCACUUCUCUGAGACCCCCUGCCGGAAUGCCCUGUAACAUCCACAGCUGUCUGGACUGGUACACCUCCUCCUGGGGACAGUGUUCGGAGCGGUGUGGAGGUGGGGAGCAGCAGAGGCUGGUCACCUGCCCUGAAACUGGGAAAUGUGACGAGGAACUGCAGCCCAGCUACAUUCAGACUUGUAACAUCAAUCCUUGCAGCCAGUGGGUGACUGGAGCCUGGGGUCAGUGCUCAGUAUCCUGUGGGGGUGGCGUUCAGCACCGGCUAGUCAAAUGUGUCAACACAAAGGCUGAGCUGGAGGAAGAUAAUGAGCAUACGGAUUGUGACCACGAACCCCGGCCAAAGAGCAUGCACAAUUGUAACAUUCAUGAGUGUGACAGCGCCCCCUCUGGUCAGUUGUGUUUACGUGACCAUUUGACAUUUCGCUUCUGUCAGACCCUUCAGUGGCUUGGCCGAUGUCAGCUGCCUUCAGUCCGUUCACAGUGCUGUAAGACCUGCGGUCUGCGCUCACGGGGCAGUCAACGCACCACACGCCGCUGAGACACAGGGGGAUCGUUGGACGACUGCUCUCGGCCAUGGAACACAUUUCAAGCACAGAUUGGUACCGGCUAUUACUCAAAGUAGCUAUGGACCAAUCCACACCAAUCUGGUCUGACAGCAUCUGAGACAGGCACUUGGAGUGGAAGUCUACAGGACUCUACACAAAAAACAUUUAAAUACACAUUAUGCAACCAUCGGCAACGGGCACACACAGCAAUCGGAGACUUUAAGUCCCAGACCAGUUGUCGACUUAAAACAUCAAAGGUAUUAAUAAGUGCUUUAACAAAAUACAAGCUGCAAAUGUCUUCUUUUAAACUCUCCAUAAUGCAUUGCCCCAUAGACUUCCAUUGUAAGUGUACUUCUGUAAAUGCAAUGCUUGUUGCUAUAGUAACUGACGAGUCAAAAUUAUUUUCCAUGCUAAUUGAGUUGAACUUUAAUACCAAGCAUUCCUGUAACACAUAAAUGGUGCUUAAAUUGCAUGUUUAUUUAUAUUUUAUACAUUAUUAUUAUUAUUAUACAAUAUUAAUAUACAUAUUAUUAAACCAGGUAGAUUGGUCUAUCUUGCCAUCUCAGUAGUUACUAGUUAAACUUUUGUGCCAAGAGUGUUUCUGUUGAACAGUUGCUGGUCAUUUUAUGGAUAUACAGAAACUUUGAACUCUGCAGGUAAUUUAAAGGAACGGUUCAUCCAAAGUGAAAAUUCUGUCAUGAUUUACUGAUUCUCAUGUUGUUCCAAACCUCUCCGACAUUUUCCAUGGAAUACAAAAGAUAUGGAAUAGUAUGUCCUCCUUUCCCCAGCCUGAUCUUGUGAAAAUUACGUGACCAUGGCAACAUUUGUGCACAACUAAAUGAUGUGCUUCAUUACACAUUUCCCUGCAGUUUACCAGUAACAUUUCCAGCGGGGGGCGCCAAAAGCGAGUGAAAUGGUGUCGUAAUCAGACUAGGGUAAUGCGGUGAAUGUUAUAUGGAGGUUAAAAUGCACCGACCUAACCUAAAACUAACAAAUAGUGAUCUAAAAUCAAAUGAGAGUUAGACACAUAACAGACAUCCUUACACAUAACUAACGCCUAAACCUAACGGAUAGUGUACUCGAAGCAAAUGCGACAUGAAAAAACACAUUUUAUGAAGCACAUUAAAUGAACAGUGUUCAUUUCACCAGGAAACUGCAGCAAAAUGCAGAACAUGGCACGUAAAACUCAAGUUUGCACAAUUUUUGUUCAUUCUAUGAGACUAAGUUGCAUUUGAAAGCGAAUAAGUGCAAUAAAAGCAGUCUAUGCAACUUAUGCAUUUUAUUCCAACUUUACUGAAGCCACAUGAUAGCUUUUUUGUUCACUGUUAAUUUUCACUUUAAUCUCAUUCACACAUGCAAACCAUUCAAAUAUGAUGCUUUCAAGACAUGGUUUGACGUCACUGACACUUGAGAUGAUGGUUGAUGUCAUUGACGUCAAACCUGGCCCAAAGUGUAUUGAGGUGAUAACAGAAUUUUCAUUUUUGGUUGAAGAGUCAGAGCGCCGCAGCUCAACACGGUUAUUUUCAAAUUAGUGGCCAUUUUGCGCUGUUUAAUCAGACACUUUUUCCUCCAUUGAUAGUGAGAUUACAGCAGCCCUCCAUGCAUGCAUUUCCAUGUAACUGCAAGUCAAGAUUUUAGCAAUGCUUUCUAUUUAUUGCAGCUGAUAGCAAGAAAGCGGUCAAACCAGAAUUAAGUACCUGGUGCUGCAAAAUUGGUGCUAAAGGAGGCGGUAAGCGCCUUAAUGAGUCUAGUGUUGACUGACUGGUACUUGAAUUCUAUACACAGACAAUGUUACAUGUCUAUAUUUGGUUACUGUUUGGAUUACUAAAUAAUAAACAAAAUAAUUACCAAGCCAAGGCACUCAAUGAACUACCACUUUGGAAUUGCAUCCCCUAUAGAGAAUAUGUCUUUAUCAAUUAUCAAUGUCUGCUUUUAUAAACGGUCACAUGAUUCCUUUUAUAAUGCAGUCUUAAAAUGUUUCUUCUCUUUUCCUCACAGUAUUGUAUGCGUACGGUGUAUAAUAAGGGACACAGCUGUUGCCAACAACAUAGACAUCAGUUUAAUGGAAUGUUCCAGGUUCAAUACAAGUUAAGAUAAAUUAACAAUGUUUGUGUUAUAAUGUCGAUCACUACAAAAACGAAUUUCGACUCAUCCCUUAUUUAUUUAAUAGGGUCAUGAAACUUUUUUGAAAUUAUUAUUUUAAUAUGUUCCAUGAGGGGGAGCCUGGGUAGCUCAGCGAAUAUUGAUGCCGACUACCACACCUGGAGUCGCAAGUUUGAAUCCAGGGUGUGCCGAGUGACUCCAGCCAGGUCUCCUUAGCAACCGAUUGGCCCGGUUGCUAGGGAGGAUAGUCACAUGGGGUAACCUCCUCGUGGUCGCUAUAAUGUGGUUCUCACUCUCGUUGGUGCGCGUGGAUGCCACGGAGAAUAGCGUGAAGCCUUCACACGCACUAGGUCUCCGCGGUAACAUGCUCAACAAGCCACGUGAUAAAAUGCACGGAUUGACGGUCUCUGACGCGGAGGCAACUGAGAUUCGUCUUCCGCCACCCGGAUUGAGGCGGGUCACUACGCCACCACGAGGACUAAGAGCGCAUUGGGGAGAAAAGAAAAAUAUAUGUUCCAUGAGGUUCACUUAUAUUAAUAAUAAUAUUAAAAGUCAUUUAAAAAAGUCAUUUAUUUGUAAACGUGAUUAUCCACCCUUAUUCUGACCCUCUUUCAGAAAUGCUCUGUUUUGCUGCUGCUACUAAUUUAAGACUUAACAGUAUACGCCCACUGUUAUGAUUGGCUCUCUGCUCUUGACUGACCUGCCAUAUCACUGCUCACCACUACUGGGCGGGGUUACGGAAGUAAUUCAGUAAAGUAGGCAUUGAUGUGUUAUUGUGAAGGCGGUCUUAUGCAAAUGUCUACCACAGUGUGACAUCACAAUCUGUGAUGUCACAGGGAAGUUUUGAGUUCUGAAACUUACUGUAUGCCUUUAUAGUACAAUGACAUCUAUGUUAGAAGAUGAUCUAAGUUGAUUCUUCAUGUCAUGACAGCUUGAAAAAAUAGUUUCGCAUUUAUGAUGGAAGUGAAUGGGGCCAUGCAGAAAUAUUAAAAUAAACACCAUUUCAAAAGUAUAACCACAAGACAUUAUUAUUGAUUACAGGGUUUACUGACAUUACGUCGUCAUAAUAACAAAGUUAUAAUAUUUGAUAAAUUGUAACUUUACACAGAUAAGAUUAGUACGUGAAUUGAUACAUUAAAAUCAUGUUAACGUGUAUAAAGUUUUCUUGUGGCUAUACUUUUAAAACUGUAUUUUAGUGUACGGAGUGGUGGUGGUGUAGUGGUCUAAAUCACAUAACGGGUAAUCAGAAGGUUGCUGGUUCAAGCCCCACAGCCACCACCAUUGUGUCCUUGAGCAAGGCACUUAACUCCAGGUUGCUCUAGGGGAUUGUCCCUGUAAUAAGUGCACUGUAAGUCGCUUUGGAUAAAAGCGUCUGCCAAAUGCGUGAAUGUACAUUUUUAUGUUCAUGCACUGGCCCCAUUCACUUUACUGUAACACCUAUUUUUUAUUUUCUUUCCUUUAUUUUUUAAAUAAACAAGGGACUGGUCGAAAUGAUAUUUUCUUGUAUUCAGCAUUACCACAAGCGUUGUUGACCGAGCUUAAAUGUAUUGAGCUUGUAUAACUGUACAAAUAUUUAUUCUAUUUCAAAUGUACAUUAAAUAUUACAUUAGGUACAUGUUUGCUUAUAGGGAUGUUUUUUGGCUUUUUGGAAUAGGCUACAUGAAUACUAAUCGUCAACCUUUAGAUGCAUUUGUAUAUUGCUGCAUUAGUCAACAUAGCAUGCAUAUUUUAAUAUUUUCCCAUGCAUUUUGAUUAGUUCCCUCAGAUAUUUGACUCGGCUUUCUAAUACAGAACAGAAUAGCUUUAUUGGAAUAAUAAACAAUAUGUUGCUUCUCUGAAUAGGUGAUCAUGGAACUAAACCAAACCUAUGUAAAGAAACUAGUUUAUUUUGUGUGCAUCAUCAUCUUUCAGGUUUCAUUUUUUUAAAAUAUCAGAUUCAGGAAAUCUACAGGCUUUACUCAGGUAACACAUUUGCAUCUAAUAUACCAUUUUUGUGUGAUAAUUUACAUUUACUUCAUUCAUCAAGGAUCCAUCUGAUGUGUUUUGCAGAAAUCAUUCAGUUUUGUUGUUUUGCUUCAUUCAUCUUGUUAUGGAUGUUGUUUUUUUUAUCUUACCAUUGUAAUAAUAUAUUGUUUGUUGAGUCUUUGUUUAGCCUUGUAAUUCUGUGAUUCGCUGUCUGUCCAAUAGACACAGACAUGUUUUCUUGGUUUAGAUAUUAGACAUUUUUCACAAAAUAUGGUUAUUUCUACAAUACCUUUCUUUUUGGGAAAGAUUAUCAUGUUUGAUAUCACUUCUGCACUAUUGUAACACCUUUCUAUUGUGUAUUGCUUUAUGCCAUUUUUUAUUAUAAGAUUAAUUGAGCUGUAUCUCUAUUCUCAAGGCUAGUUUAGCUUAAAAUAAUCAAAUCUUGCGAAUCAGUCUACAAAUCUGAGUCUUUGUAAUGAGCUGCAGCAAAUGUCAGCAUUUCAUCUGAUGUCACUUAAUAUCUCUAAUACAAUAUUAAAAGGCCCUUUUUGUAAAUCAGUCAUCCAGGGGAAAGGCUCUGCAUAAAUGAUUACUCGUUUCUAUUA